AUCUCUAUCCUCGGCGGCAUGGCGUGGGCGGCUGGACAGGCGCUGCGCGAGACCGGGGUGGCGCUGGAGCGACUGGCAUGCCGCAUGCUCGGAGAUCUCACCUACAAGGAACCAUUGUCUUGCCAUCGCAAUGUCAUGCGUAUCUUCAGCGAUGCCCCGAAGAUCAAGGAGGGCUGCUUUGUCGCACCAACCGCUAGCGUCAUAGGCAAAGUAACCCUUGGUACAAACAGCAACGUAUGGUACAGUGCAGUAGUGAGAGGAGAUCGAUCGAACAUCUCAAUCGGCAACAACUGCAACGUGAUGGAACGUGCGGUCUUGAACCCUACUUCGGGCGAGAUCGCCAUCGGGGACAACGUGACUGUUGGAGCCGGCGCAGUCAUCCGGGCAGCCAAGAUUGGCAGCGGCUGCAUGGUCGGAGCGAGCGCGGUGCUUGAAGACUCUGUUGUUGUGGAAGACGGUGCUGCUGUAGGCCCAGGAGCGGUGGUCCCUGCAUCCACUGUCGUCCCUGCUGGCCAGAUCUUCACUUCUGCAGGCCUCCGCGCCCUGAAGGCUGAUGAGCUUGCUGCCAUCGCAGCUAUCUGCGGCAACGUGUCCAAGAUGGCACCAGUGCACACUGCCGAGUGCAACAAGUCGUUCAAGGACAUCGAGAAGGAGAAGGAAGGAUACGAGUGGCAGCAGCCGCUCGAAGACGGAGAUCCCAUGGGUCUUCUCUCCCAAGAUCACGAAAAGUCUCUGCAGUGGCAAUCCAAGUUCACGUAACGAAUUCAUCGAAUUUCUUGAUUGGCACAGUAAAGGCAACGUACAG